AUGGCAGAUUCUGAGCAUGAAGAUGUCAGGAAACACGAAUUCCGAAUGCGCGAAUACGUGUCAAACUCGCAAGUUGUGGACGAUAGUAUUGCAAAUGACGAUAAGCUAGAUCCUGGUCAACCGAAAUUACUGGAUGUCAACUACAACACAAUCAGUGACAGAUUCACAGUUGCAAUUUCCGCUACUGAAGUAGAUUGGAAGACUCCGCUUCCGCAAAAAUUAUGGCGCUGCAGUACCUCUCAAUCUUGCGAUUUCGGUCGCAAUCAGCUGAUCAGUCUCUGUAGCCUUCCUCAUUACCAUUAA